ACGAGGCUAGUGAGGACGGUAAACUCAACGUUUCCUUCUUUGCGAGCUGACGGAGGCAACUGGACGCAUUCUUUUUAGGCUUAUUUUUAUGAGUUUAUGUGUUUGGGAUUCUCAUUGUGAGCAAUAGGAAUUUGUUGGUGUGAAGAGAACGUAGACACACAGUAAGGAAUAAAAGUAAAUUUUUUGCUACAUAAUGACUUCAGAGCAGUCAAAUGGAAGGUUGGGACUUUGUCUUCGCAGCAAUAAGCGACGGUCGCCAAUGGAUGGUUCUGCGGCAUCUCUUCUGACUUCUUCGUCCCAUGAAUUGCAUCACACGUUUCCUGUUGUUGUGCAGCCUUCUGCCUUAUCCGCCCCGCAGCCACUACAUACAUCAUCAUCAGCUUCACAUUCUUCACAUUCUUCACAUUCCCAUUUCCAGCCUAUUUCUGUUCGAGGUGCAGAUGACAAAUUGUUGCCAACUCCACAGAUUCUCACGACAUCAGCUGCAGUCCUGAAACCUCCAAAUGCUUUUCUUCGUACUUCAGUUUCAUCGAAUUCAAAGAAGGAAGUCACUGAGCAGUCUUCCAGUCAAUUGAAUGUAUCUUCUUCAUCUUUAUUUCACGUUUCUCAGCCGAUUGUUACUACGACGACCCUAUCAUCUCAACAGUCUAACAAUCUCAUCUCAGCAUUUUCAAACUUGUCAAUAUCGCAAGGACCAGAUGGAGAAAGCAAUAGGAAUGAACACAAACAAGGAAUUGAAGUCAAUCUAAAGCAAACGUCACCAACUAACACAUCCUUUCCUUUUGCCUCAACUCUUCCCAUUGGUUCAACUUUUUCUUUUUCUUCUGCUGAAUCGUCUGCACCAUUGCAAGCUGGCGGCAGACGAGUGAAAUCUGCCGUGAGAAAACUACGUCCCAUUCAGCAGCAAAUUUCUAAGCCAAAAAUCGGAGAUACAUCACCAGUUGCAUCACUACCUGGUGCAUCACCAGUUGCAUCACUACCUGGUACAUCACCAGUUGCAUCUCUACCUGGUACAUCACCAGUUGCAUCUCUACCUGGUACAUCACCAGUUGCAUCUCUACCUGGACAAGAUGGAAGGAACUUUAGGUACAGUGAUGUCACAGAUGAUGAAGACAAUUGUUUUGCUGGACAGAAUGUACUGAGUGUGUUGAAUGAAGAAGCUGCAUCUCGUGGUGUCAGUUUUGAAUUUGCAGAUUGGGAAAGAUUUGGUCCAUCACACUUGCCAACAUUCACAGUACAACUGACAUUUGGUAAAAUUACAGCAGAAGGAGUUGGAGCUGGAAAGAAAGCUGCAAAAGAGGAUGCUGCACGUAGAGUUCUCAAGCAGCUGACCCGAAGGAUGUGCUAUUUAAAAGGCAAAAGUUUCACGCCCAAUGGACUACUACAAAAUCCAGUUGGUUCUUUACAAGAGUAUGUGGCAAAACGGCAUCAACCUCAGCCUGAAUACGCGGAAAUAUCCAAAUCAGGCCAAGAUCAUGCACCCGUUUACAAAAUUUCUUGUCAAGUGUUUGGACAGAUUUACAUCGGAACAGCAAGUAAUAAGAAGGAGGCCAAGUCCAAUGCUGCACAAGCUGCACUAGAUGACAUUGUUGGAAGCAACAAGAUGAGCAAUCAGUCGAAAAAUAUUGCCACAAGCAAAGGCACAACAACAACGAAACGUCCAGUUAUGAAAUUGACAAGACGUCCAGUUAUAAAAUUGACUGACGACAGUCAGAGUGAAGAUGAAGAGAUACAAGGACAGGAGGUCUCUCAUGACGUUUUGGCUACUAAACAAUCAGAAGCAGAAACUGUAAACAAAAUGGUUAAAAAAGCGUACGAAACUGGCUGUGUACGUCCUGUGGAUGGUUGUCGUGCAUUACAAUAUGAAGACACGCUUAGAGAGCUGGCAAACUUUCUUGGAUAUCGGCUAACGUCCUCGACAUUCUCACCGGACCAUGAAACCGAAAUGGUUGCGGUGGUUAUGACUCUUCAUCUUAACGAAGAUACCCCUCUGAUAUGCCAACAUUCCAGUUCCAAAGCCACAGAGAAAGAGGCACGAAACGAUGCUGCAUUGAGUAUCCUCCUCAGCCUAACAGCCACCAACGAUCCUACAAAGCAACAGUCAUUCUAACAUAAAUUAUAAAGUUAAGGACACCGAGUCUUUGUUAGAACAAGUUAUAGUACAAAUAGAGGACGAAUGGUAUUUGUAAUUUUGAAUAUUUAUUAGUAGUUUUUAGUAAACAAGACUAAAAAUCUAUUAACUAAAUAACAUGUAAUCAAUGUAUUGAGUUAUGAAGCUUGUGUGUUGGACUUCAAGCAAUAAACUGCGUAGUGAUUGGUUUUUGCAAAAUUAAAUUGAGUGUACAUAUACAUUGGGACCAAACUUCCUCGGAGUUUUGAGAACCUCGCGCGCACAAAGACUGGCACGU